ACUGCGCUCGUGCCACCUGGCUAAUUAGCGCCAAUUAGCGAACAGGUGUGUCAGCAGGAAGACUUCAAAGACACGCGGCGGGUCUCUCCGUCCCGGUGUUUUAGCGCGCAGACAGAAACGCUUUUCUGAAAUGCAUUUGAAACAAACGGGAUACUGCUUCGGUGUCCUUCUCGUUCACACCGUCACAACUAUAACUUUACCCCCGGUGGCCUCUGUUUAUUCCCCACCGCCGAACUCUCACCUCUCACCUCUUGACAAUGACCGCGGCGGCGGCUUCACGCCAGAAGGCCUCCCCCGACUCUCCCCCCGAGGGGGCAGAGAGCGCCCGAGGCGGGGAGGAGAGUCCGGACCUCUCCCGUAUUUUCACAACUUGGAGGUCGGGGACCGCCAGCGGACAAAAACCUCCGGACUGACGCCCGAACACACCGUGACUUCUGCCGACAAAGGCUCCGGGAGCCGGAACGAACCGGAGCGACGCGACGGCCGCAAUAUGGACUGCGGCAAAGGGAUGAUUGAGCGCGUUACUCCCGGCAGCUUUUAUAUUACUGGUCCGUUCCAAAGCACGUGGCACGCGGGCCACCAGGCGGACCCCGCUGCUGCAGAUCAAGGAGGCCGGGAGGGGGUCGGAGGUCAGGAGCGGGUCGGAGGUCGGGAGCUCAGCGGCUAUGAGGCGAGCUGGCAGAAGCUGCAGCCCGUGGUGCAUUGUGGAGACAACGCCAUGACCCUUACCGUCAGGAGAAGGCGAGCGGUACAACUCCAGCUGGGCCGAGUGAAGGAGUCCUCCGUGCCCUUCUCCCAGCUGCCGGCUCAGUGUGGCUACUCUGUUCACAGCACAUGGAGAGACUUCAGUCUGACGGCCCCGUACGGUGCCUGCCAUGUCACACAGGAGGACGGAGGUUAUGCGUUGCCUCUGCUGUGGAGGGGGACACCGGUCAAGAUGUCCUGCCCGGCCCCUCAGAUGCAGCCUGAGGCCGCGGGCCCUUACGCUCUGUGCUGCUCCCUCCAGGGCAUGACCGUUAAAGUCAAGGGACUCCAUUCCACAGAGGAGCUGAGGGUAAAUGUACGAGGGAAAUGGAACCCUUUGGGGGAGUUGGCAGAGGUGUGUGGCUACACGGUGGACAGACGAGAUGCGGACAUUAUCCUCGCUGCUCCAUUCAUGACGUGUGGUGUCACAGUCAAGGAUGGAAAGUACACCCUUUCCCUUCAGGUGGGGGAGAAGAUGUUCACCCUGGCCUGUCCUGUCUCUCCCCCUGAAGAACUCUCGCUGACCCAUCAGCCUGUGGUCAACAGCCCCCAUCUAACCAGGGGGCCAGCAGGGCACCUGCCAGAAUCCCCGCUGGCUUUUCCAUGGGUUCCACCUUUCUACCUGGCCCCACCUUACCAUCCCCACCCUACAUACCCCCUCAAGUAUCCAAGCCCUGAUGGACACGCUGCUGAUAACCCUGCUGCUCCCUCAUCUUCAACUCCCGACCCUACAUUGGGUCCUCAGCCCCCCCCUGCUGCCGAUCCGUGGACUGACGAUCAAAACUACUUCCCCCAGCCGAUCCCUGCCAGGGAGUCUGAUCAACAUUUUGCUGUCCACAGUUCCCUGUUGUCUACAGAUGAUGAUGAUGAUAACGAGAAUUCAGGUCGGGUCAAUCCAGAUCCACCAGAAACUCCCGUGUUGGGGGUGUCAGAGAGGUACAGUGCGACUCGUUCUCUCCGCUCAGAUACAGGCUUACUGAUACAAGGAGACUCCCCAACUCCUCUCCAGCCCCCCAGCCAUGCCUUCAAUCCGUACUAUCACUACUACCAUCAUCCUAAAAUCCCUCUCCCUGCUGCACCUAAAGACUCUGAUCCAGGUCCUGAGUUUUCCGGAGAACUGACUUCAACUAAUCCGAAUAACCCUGAAAAUCGUGCGUUUCCCCUCAACAUGCAGCGGCCCGAGGCUCUCCGCACGAUAAACGCACGCCAGUUCCUUCAGGCUGCUCCUCACUCUUACACACUUCCUACUAAAGCCUCUGCACCGGAAGCGCCUCCGCAUCCUCCACAGCCCUAUCCUUACCGCUCCUAUUAUCCGCCACAUAUUGCAAAGGUCGAGGCCAGAAGAAUGGCUCCUCUCAAUCCGGACGCAGCUGCAAAAAACAAUUUGUCUGAUCAUCAAAACUCAAAGUCUAACGCCUUCAUUCAUCCACUUCCUUGCUCAUCCUCUGGAUACAACUUAAACAUGAAUACUGAUGCAGAGCUGGAUGAUGGACGAAGACUACCUGCCCCGGCGGACCAACCGGCCCUCACUUACCCUCCACGACCGGAUGCUGUUGCAGCGCCGCCUACUGACCAGCCCUCCUUCCCCACGCCGCCACCCUACCAUAACCUCCCUUUCCCAUACUACUACCACCCGUAUCUGCACUAUCACAUGUACUACGGUCCUGGAGGCUCACCUAGCGCUGACAAUCGCCCGUCUCAGACUUCCUCCUCGGACGCUUUAGAGAAUCUUCCACCAGCGCCUUUCGCCCCACCUCAUCGGCCCUCCUAUCCCAAUCAUCAAUCCACUACUCCCCCCACAAAAUCAACAAAUGAUAUUCGCUAUCACCCUCUAUAUCCUUACUAUAAUUUCCAUUAUAACACUCAGCAACACCCAUCUGAUGCUUUUGGACGUCCUGCGGGUGAGAAAGCAGAGAGGCUGGACAGUGAAAUGACAGAUAAACUGAAGGCCACGCCGUCCACUCCCUCGCCCACGGGCCUUGGCACAGAAUUCGACUGCUCAGUCUUCCUCGGGUGCUGCUCGUACCCUGUGAAGUCAGCGUGUACAAAGGGACCGCAUUUAAUCCUUGCGCUGCCGGACUCUGUGCGGGAGCCCACAGUGCCCCCCCCAGCUCAUCCGUCUCAGCGCAGUAAUGGGUCCUGCACGCUGUACAAGCUGACCUCUGACCGUGACCUCUACGCCGUCCCCCUGGAGGGCUGUGGCGUUAUCCAACACGUGUUUGGUGAGACGGUGGUUCAUCUGUUGGAGGUCCAUGGAAUCCACUCCCUCCAACGAGGCCACAGCUCUGAGCUUGUGAACUCUCCAGUCAGGUUGAUGGUGGCAUGUAGCGCCUCCCCGGGUUCUCCUGGUGAAGUGACACUCCAUGUGAUGGCUCAACCUCCUCCCGCACGCUCUCCACCAGCCGCUGUCACUGUGCUGCUGAGAAUAGCAAAAGAUGAGUCCUUCACUGGCUUCCACCCUGAGGCUCACCUGCCUCUCAGUCUACUCCGAGGGAGACCAGUGUAUGUGGAGGUGAGCCUGCUGAACCCCCCAAGGCCCGGCCUGGUGCUGCUGGUCCACUCCUGCCUGGCUUACACUCGAGCUCCAUAUGCCAGCUGGAUGCUGGUCUAUGAUGGCUGUCUAGAUCGCAGUUAUUCAGACCGGCUUCUUCCCCCACACCACGAACACCACCACAUCCGGAGGUUCAUCGUCUCUGGCUUCCUGUCCCUGAACUCACAAAGUCUCUCGUACGCGGUUGAAGGAGGACACGCUCACCCGCAGGACCCAGAGAUCUACUUCUUGUGUUUGACAGAAGUGUGCUCUGCGUCACAUGGUGACUGCACUGUAGGCUGCAUCAACGGUCCUAAAAGUGAAGCGUGAGGAAUGAAAUAAACUCUUUAACACGGAUGCACUAGUUUUGUUUCAUGUGAAUAACAAAUACACAAGUUUUAUUGUGGAGGAAAAGUCCUUGAGGGGACAUUUAUUCAAACGUAUUAACAAGAGUGCAAUGCAAUAGUAGUACAGUAGUAUUGGAAAAGAAAACAUGACCCUCGUACACACACACACACUUGUGCCCUGUACACUUCUAUUUGGUCCAAAAGGGUUCGGUGGAAACGUAAACAAUACAAAUCCCCUUUUUUUUUUUUUUUUUUUGGAAUGUGAAGAAAGUGGCAAACCAUCGUGUCUAUACAGUCGGCUUAACUGUCUCAAAGCGUACAUAAUGACUAGAAAGCACACAAAAUAAAAAUCUUUGACAUGAAAAUAAAAGUUAUGAAUUUCAACAAAUACGUGAUCCAACUUGGGAAACCAUUUAAGUGUUUAUUGUAAUGGAUGAGCACAAUGAGUGCAUCGUUGCCAUUUCCUCUUUCACAUGUUGCAACAAAGGUGUCUGCAGUGGUGUAGCGGAACACAAUGCUCAAUAAAAAAAAUUACGAAAUGUGUAAUGGCCGUUGUGGUUAAAUGAAUGUCAGAUUACUUACUCUGAGCGCCAUACUGGCAAAGCUAGACAGCCAAAGCAACACAAAGCUACUGUGUGACUUCACAACAGCUUUAAGGAAAUGAACACUUCUAAACAGAAUGGUUCUGUGCCUUAGCCUGUGUUCCAGCACUGGAUGCUGUCUGAGCCACAGGAGGGUAAUGGUUGAACACCCAAAUCCUCUUCAGUACACAGUGGUAUAGUGCGCAGUGAUCUCCUGCUGGUUUCUCUUGGUCUGUUGCAGCAGGAUAACGGCACAGACCAGGGCAAUAAUC